AUGGUUUUUACGAGGUCAAACUCACUUGUUGAAGAACAUAGUGAGGAGAAGCAUAGUAGUAAAACCAUUGGUUCCCAUCGAAAACACGUAGAUGAUGAAGAUGAGCAGCUAUUGAUGGAGUUUUCAAAGUUGAAACAUGAACAGAAGAGUUUGGAACAAGAGCUCGAGUGCAUGAACAAAAGGCUGGAGGCAACAGAGAGGAGACCCCAACAAAUGAUGACUUUCUUAUACAAACUCGUUGAAGAUCCAGACAUCUUAACUCGUGUGAUGCUCGAAAAAGAGAAAAUGAAAAGGUUGGCUUUAGGUAACAACGAGAAGAAGAGAAGGCUCGUGAUCUGUUCAGCAUCUUCAAAUUCUUCGACUGGAAUGGCCAUGUCAAGUUCAUCAAUCAAGAGUGAAGAUGAUCAAGAAGGUGCUCUGCUCAGGGAAAUGUCCCCAAUUUCAUUACGGGAUGAGAAUUUGGAAGUCGAUACAUUUUAUCAAUCUUCGCCACUACUAGAGGCUGCUUUCCCAGAGUGGUUAAACCGAGGACAAGGCAUAGAUAUGCCUAUGAUUGAGCAAGAUCCUUACAAUAGUGCCACCAUUUCUGGUUCUUCACUGUGUUCCUCCGGCAAAAGUGGCGGUUUUGUGGUUGCACCGCCACCAAUAAAUAGCAUAUCCAGGUAUAAUAAUGCUGGUGGUAUGAAUUCAGUUUAUUACGAAGAACAUAUGGAUGGGGAGAAUUCUAGUACACCGCAGCAUCCAUUCUCACUGUUAGGCGGAGGAUUUUAG